GUGAUUGCACAAACAUUGUCUGAUCAAGGAGACUCAGUUAACCCCGAACCAUUUAUUGUUCACAAGAACGUAAACCAUUCAUUUAUAUAUCAUCCAGUAUCGACCACAAAUAACCUAUUUUUUUGAUUUGAACAGUCUGCUCAAGUAUUUUUAUUUGCCCCUUCCUAAGACACACAUUGUUUUUAUUUCCUGAACCCGAUAGAAAAUGUCUUUUAACGUGGAUUGGAACUUAUUAGAGACGGAGUCUAUGGCCCAGUGGACCAAGGAGCUACUCACAGAAACGUUGAAUUCGGGCAAACGUCCCAAUAUAUUAGCGUCUGAAAUCGAGAUUAAAGACUUAAACUUCGGCAAAAUCCCUCCCACAUUUGAGAUACUAGAAAUUGGAGAGUUGGAGACAGACCGAUUCAGAGGCAUCUUCAAAAUCAACUACGAUGGGGAUGCUCACAUCACUUUGCACACCAAAGUUCAAGCCAAUCCGUUAAAGAUUUACAGUGAUAACUUAACUGAAUUGGAAGACUUCAUCGGAGGUUCCAGUGACUUUAUUAAGCCCAAUUUCCAGCUCUCGAAUGACGAAUUUUCUUUGCCUUUAGACUUGAAGUUGAGUGAUAUAAAAAUCUCUGGUAUUGGAAUCAUUGUAUUCUCCAAAACAAAAGGAUUGACCCUUGUUUUCCGUAACGACCCCUUAGACUCCAUCAAUGUCAGCUCCACCUUCGACAUGGUGCAAGUGUUGGCUAAGUUCUUACAAAGCCAAAUUGAAACUCAAAUCAGAGACUUGUUUAGAGAGACUCUACCCACUGUGUUACACAAGUUGUCCUUGAAGUAUAUUUCCUCGAAUAAUGAUAAUUUCUUGAAUAACUUGAACUUGCACAACUUCAAUGUUAACAACAACAACGAGGUGGUCUUGUUUGAUUUGAAUAACGAAUUCAAUAACUAUUCGGCCAAAAACUUGCAGAAAAACUUAAAGCUCUUUAAUUCAAGAGAAACAUUGAACUUGCAUAUUCCAAAAUUCAAGAAUGUUAUUCAAAGAUCCAACUUGCAGAAGUUCAACAAGAAAUUGUCGCCAAAUUUACUCACAUCAUUAAGCUUGAUAAAUGAUAAUAAGGUAUUUGAUAAUAAUGGCAGCAAUGGAAUUCCAAUCAACUUUUUGGUGGAUAAGGAGUACACAGAUGUACAACACAUUGUCAAGAACAUCUCAGACAUCCAGUCAAAUAACUAUUACCAAAAGAAUGUGAACAACAACAUGGCGAAGCCCAAGAGAAGAGUUAUUAAAUUGAACCGAAACAAGACAUCCAAGAGUAUUGACAAUAAUGCAAGCAAUACUAUGUCUGUAGCUGAAAGCACCCUAUUAUCUAACUACAACGGCAUUUCUCAGACCUCAACGAUGAAUGAUGAUGACAACUUAGAUGUUACACAGUCUGAGGACAUGGAGUCUGAGGGAAGCACGUGCGUCGAUGAACAAGAUGAUGUGCUACAACAACCAAGACCAUUGAGAUUAAACGAACUCAAACAGAUUCAUUCUCAUUCACAUUUCCACCGGAACUUCGACAAUAGUUCACCAAAUAAUUCCAACAGCUCUUUCUUGAGUGGAGUGGGAAUAGGUAACAACUACUUUAACUUCACCAACAAGGAGCACGUGAACCCUGAUGAGUUCAAGAAGUCUGACGAUGAGGUCUAUAAUGAAGUUAAUGAGAAAUCUAACAACUACCUUGAUGUGAAAAGCAUCAAGGAGAAAUUGAACGAGUUACGAAAAUUGCAGAUGGAAAACCACAAACAUUUUUACAUGGAGAUGCCGCCCCCUUAUCAACUAUAAAGUAGGAGCCGGCUCUCCUUUGUGUGUAUUUAUUUAGUUCUUAUUUAUUAUAUUUAUUCAUGUAAAUAAACUGGUAUGAAUUUA